CAAACACCAGACACAUCCAACAAGACUCGCCAUUCCAUACGUGAAGGACGAAACCAACCGCCCAUCAUGUCGCCCAACAUGUCACUAUUCUCGGUCAACGCCGUCCUGAUCCUGGCCGCCGACGACUCGGCGCGCAUCCUCGCCAAAUACUACUCUCCCCCUCACGCUCCCGCAAAUGCCGUCGGCAACGACUAUCCCGGCGCAAACCCAUAUCCUCAACUCAAGGAUCAAAAGGCUUUUGAGAAGGGUCUGUUGGAAAAGACGGCAAAGCAGAACAGCGACAUUGUGCUCUACGACAACCGGGUUGUUGUUUUCAAGAUGGAGAGCGAUGUCAUGCUCUAUGUUGUUGGAGGUGCCGAUGAGAAUGAGAUUCUGCUCUACUCGGUCGUUCUGGCUCUGCGCGACUCUCUCAACAUCCUCCUGAAAAACUCUGUCGACAAGCGCACAAUCAUCGAGAACUACGACCUUGUGUCCCUGGCCAUCGACGAGAUCAUCGACGACGGUAUUGUGCUCGAGACGGAUCCUGUCAUCGUUGCGUCGCGUGUCAGCAAGCCCCCUGUGCAAGACAUCAGCUCUGUCCAGGGCAUUGAACUCUCAGAAGAAGGUCUGCUCAAGGCCUGGCAGUUUGGUAAGAUGAAGCUGGGUGAGAGAUUGCGGCAGGGCGUUAUACGGCGGCAGCAUGAGAAGCGUCACGACCAAUUAUCGAAUGCUUUUGGGGAUAUUUCAGUGGCCGGACUGAAGCUAGACGGACCAGACGAUCAGAACGAGUCAGCUAUUGACCAUCAAUUCAUACUUUACAAUCAUGAAGUUAUUCAACAAGACGGACCUUUUUCCUGUGGUGAUGUCAUGGGGACUUGUUGCGUCGUGCUUCUUCGGUGGGGCAGCAGUCCGUCGCCCUCUUCAAAUAUGAAACAGCGAUUCUCGUCCUUGGACGUCAAGGUAAUCGCCCAUGAGCUUUCAUCCGCUCUUGUGAGCCUGCGCGUGUCCAACAUCUACGACCUUUCAUCGCGCAUCUUCCUGUUCAAGUUCGCCAAACCCGAGCAGCGCGAACAGCUGAUUAUCGACUCUGGUUUCCGAUGCCACCUUACAACCUUUGCUAGAGCCACGGCCGCUGCUCCCUCGCCCUUUAUCGCUCGUCUGCGAAAGUACCUUCGUACCCGACGAGUCACGUCUGUCGCCCAGAUCGGUACCGAUCGCAUCAUCGACAUUCAAUUCUCCGACGGCCAAUACCACCUGUUCCUCGAGUUCUACGCCGGCGGAAACAUCGUCCUUACCGACAACGAACUCAACAUCAUCGCCCUCCUCAGAAAUGUCGACGAAGGCGCCGAGCACGAGCGCUACCGCAUAGGCCUCCAGUACAAUCUUUCGCUGCGUCAAAACUACGAAGGCAUCCCACCUUUGACCAAGGAAAGAGUUCGUGCUGGUCUGGAGAAGGCAAUUGAGCGCCAGUCGCAAGACCAAUCUGGAAAGAAGAUCAAGAAGAAGCCUGGAGAUGCUCUCCGCAAGGCCCUCGCUGUCUCCAUCACUGAAUUCCCUCCGGUAGUGCUUGAUCACGUCUUUGAGGUUACUGGCUUCGACAAGACCGUUCAGCCUUCGGAGGUCCUUGAGAAUGAAGACACGCUCGACAAACUCAUGGCUGUCUUCGAAGAAGCCUCAAAGGUCCUUGCCGAUAUCACCGCCGCAGAUACCGUCACUGGAUACAUCGUUUCGAAACGUAGCAAGAAGGCUGCUGCAGAUGGCAGUGGAGACGGAAAGACCGAUGAGGAUAAGGCCAAGGGCUUGAUGUACGAUGACUUCCAUCCAUUCAAGCCCAAGCAGCUCGAAAACAAUCCCGACAACGUCUUCCUGGAGUUCACCGGCUUCAACAAGACCGUCGACGAAUUUUUCUCCUCCAUAGAGGGCCAGAAGCUUGAGUCGAAGUUGUCCGAAAGAGAAGAGACGGCCAAGAAGAGACUCGAGGCUGCUCGUCAGGAACACGCCCGUCGCAUUGGCUCUCUUCAACAGACACAGGAGCUCAAUAUCACCAAGGCCCAAGCGAUUGAGGCCAACCUCGAUCGUGUGGAAGAAGCUACUGCCGCUGUCAAUGGCCUCAUCGCCCAAGGUAUGGACUGGGUCGAGAUUGAGCGCUUGAUUGAGAUGGAGCAGAGUCGCAACAAUGCUGUCGCCGAAAUCAUCAAGCUUCCCCUCAAGCUUGAGGAGAACACCGUGACCCUGCUAUUAUCUGAUUACUCAUAUGAAGAGGAGGAAGAGAUGGGCGACGUGACCGAAAGCGACAACUCCGACAGCGAAAGCGAGGACGAGGGCAAGAAGAAGUCGGCCAAGACAAGUCAGAAAGAAGACAAGCGUCUCACAGUCGACAUUGAUCUGAGUCUGUCAGGCUGGUCUAAUGCUAGACAGUACUAUGACCAGAAGCGCGUUGCCGCUACCAAGCAAGAAAAGACCGAGCAGGCUUCCACUAAAGCACUCAAGAGUACCGAACAAAGAAUUCAAAACGACUUGAGGAAGGGUUUGAAGCAGGAGAAGGCAGUUCUUCGUCCCGUCCGUAAACAGCUCUGGUUCGAGAAGUUCAUCUAUUUCAUCUCUUCUGACGGCUACCUGGUUCUGGGUGGCAAGGAUGCUCAGCAGAAUGAGCUUCUGUACCGUCGUCACCUGAAGAAGGGCGAUAUUUACGUUCACGCCGACCUUCACGGUGCUUCAUCUGUCAUCAUCAAGAACAACCCAGGUCUAGCUGAGUUCGAGGUCCCUCCUUCCACUUUGUCGCAAGCCGGAAACUUGUCAGUCUGCACGUCGAGCGCAUGGGACUCCAAGGCUGUCAUGUCUGCCUGGUGGGUCAACGCUGACCAAGUGUCAAAGACUGCUCCUACUGGAGAGUAUCUGACUACCGGUGGUUUCAUGAUCCGUGGCAAGAAGAACUUCCUUCCUCCCGCUCAGCUCCUUCUUGGCUUUGCUGUCAUCUGGCAGAUCAGUGAAGAGAGCAAAGCUAAGCAUGUCAAGCACAGAUUACAGAACGACGAUGUCCGUGGAAUGACUCAGGAAGCAAACUCCAAGGCAGCGGCCAAUGACGAGUCUGACGACGACUUCCCGGAUGCUGGAAAGGAUGAUGCCAGUGACGAUGAGUUCCCUGAUGUCAAGGAGGAGAACAAGGCCGAGGAGUCGGAUGACGACGACGAGUCCCCCGAGACACAAAAGAAUGAUGACAACGCAUCUGUUGCCAGCGAGGAAGCAAGGUCGCCUGAGGAGAGAUCCAACCCUUUACAACCCAAGGGAGCACAACAGUCACGUAAGCAACCUUCAGAACUAGCAGAAGAGGAUGCCUACCCAAGCGUCUCUGAGUCUGAGGGCGAAGAGGGGGCCGACGAGAAAGAGGACAACACCAAGGCCGAAGUCUCCGAGCCCGAACCCGAGCUCCCUCAGACUUCGGGCAAGAAGGCAGCAGCCAAGGCUAAAGCCGAAGCCGCCAAAGCUGCUUCGACCCAAGCAAAGCAAAACAAGCCUGUUCGCGGCAAACGCGGUAAGGCCAAGAAGGCAGCACAAAAAUACGCCGAUCAAGACGACGAAGACCGUCGCCUCGCCAUGGAGAUUCUUGGUUCCAAGGCCGCGGAAGAAAAGCGUCAAACCGAAGAAGAAGAGAAAGCCAAGAAAGCCGAAUCAGCAGAAGCAGCCAAAGAACGCCGUCGCGCCCAACACGAAAAAGCACAACGUGAAGGCCUCGAGGCUGAGGAAAUCCGUCGCUUGAAUUUGGAAGAAGGCAUUGAGGCUUUGGAUGAGGAGGAAACCAGCGCUGUCACACAGCUUGAUUCCUAUGUCGGUACACCGUUACCUGGUGAUGAACUCCUCGAAGCCAUUCCUGUUUGUGCACCUUGGGCCGCAUUGGCAAAGUACAAGUACAAGGUCAAGUUGCAGCCUGGUGCGCAGAAGAAGGGCAGAGCGAUCCGCGAAAUCAUGGACACUUGGGCAAAGGCUGGUACUGUGACCAAGUGGGUUGACCAGUCUAUGUCCGAUGUCGAGCGCAUCUGGCCCAGAGAACUCGAACUCAUCAAAAAUUGGAAAGACGUCGAGGUCAUUGGUGUCUUGCCAGUCAGCAAGGUCAGAGUUAUGAUGAGUGGAGGUGCACAUGGUAGCAGCAGUGGCGGACAGAAAGGCAAGGGCAAAGGAAGAGGAGGCAAAGGCUCUAAGAAGUCUCGAUGA